UUAAAAAAAUAACCCUGUCCAACGACUUUUUUUAUGAAUGACACGCUCUCCUCCAGUCAGCUGUUACUACGCAUGCGCCGUCUACGCAGGUAAACAAAGCUCGUCUGCUGCUUCGGCGAGGCGAGACCCGAGUUGUGGGUGCGUGCGUGUGGACGGCUGGCCCUCGACCCUCGGCACUUGGCUCGCUCUCUCUCCUGGUGUCUGUUGAAGCGGCAGAUAAUUUUAAAUAAUCAGCCAAUCAAUCUCCUGGUGUCUGUCGCAGAGGCUGAAUUGUGAGCGAGUUGUGGUGGUGGUAGUGGUGAUACGUUGCUGUAGUUGGGCAAAGGCCGAGUCCUGUGCUUGAACGAUGUGAUUUGAUGGAAAAACUGAGUGGAUAUGAAAGCCUUGAAACAGUAUAUGAUAAUAUCAAAGUUGACGGCAUUUGAAUAGAAAAAGAAAGAACGUGAGAAGCAGGUCCGUCAUAUCGGGAAAUAUUUAGGAGAGAUAGGCUAUUUCCCAUUAAAGCCAGAAAUCCUUAUAUCAAACAAGUGGAAGACCCUAAGGGUGCAUGUGUGUAAUGAUCUUUUGCCCUCAGCACUCAGCCCUCAUUCCUGGCAUUUCCGCAGAGGUGAUGAGCAAGGUGUCGUAGCAGUGAUGGUGAUGUAGGGCAAUACACUCACUGUGCCACUGUGACAUGAGGAACCGUGGUGCAGGCAAUGUAUUUCUCUAGCCACGGCCAGAGGCGUUUGUGGAGGACUGCAAUUACAAAUGAUUUUCAAGACCUGGUGAGAUGGCAGAGGGUGCUGAGGGUGCCACCAGUGGUACAGGUGGUGCCCUGCCAGACCUAGUGGCGCAGUGCUACUAUCGCUACGGCCUUCUCGUUGCCACUCACCCAAGGAAGGUUAUUUUCCUUGCCAUUGCUUCUUUUCUCAUUCUCUGCACACCUCUGUGGUAUUUGCCCCUUCCUGGGUACUUGCCGCAGGAGUAUGCGACGUCCCCUUACAACUACAGUGUUCCCCUCCCGGCCCCAGAAGGUGGAAUAAGAUUGGAUCCGUCCCCGACUCCUACUCCUCUGUGGUAUCAGGGGCCCCCGCGCGCUUACAUCCAGCAGAUUGUAGUCCGAAGUGGUAUUGUGCCAUGGCAAAAGGGGUUGACAGUCAGCGAUGGAUAUCGUGGUCCCCUCUCUUCUGUUUUCCACCUUGCUCAAGUGGUCAGUGACUACCAACUCAGCAAUAACCGAAGUGUAACACUUGGGACAGAAUGUCUCCUGAUCGAGGGUGUUGUGAAGAAAAUGCAGUCUGCUGGCCAGGUCCUUCCUCAUUACAACUGCCUGAUGCUCUCACCUGCUGACCUGUGGGCAAGGAACCAGUUCUCCUUUCUGCAAGAUCCCCAUGUCCUGCUUACUGUUAAUUCCCUUAUGGCAAGUUAUGAAGGACAGACAAAUGUAGCUGACAUCCUCUUUGGAGUCCCAUCACGAGAGAUAGGAUUCCGGCGUGGCAGAAAUCCACAGCGGGUGAUAACCUACGCUGUUACUCUGGCUUUGAAGCAGUACAAUGAAGAGUUUGUGUCUGGCUUAGAGAAAGAAUUGACAUCUCGCUAUCCUGUUCACCAACCAAUGCAGCUUGAGAGAGAAGAGAUCAUCCAUAUAUAUUUCCCUUCAAGAAUGUCACUGUGGGAGUUCCUCCUCAUAAUUUUCUACUGUUUUCUUUUUGUGUCAAUAUACUUCUCAAUCUUGAAAAUGGACAUGUUCAAGAGUAAAUUUGGAAUGGCCAUAAGUGUUCAGGCAACCCUGAUUGCAUCCCUGUGCAUUUCUGUGGGAUUUUGUGCAUAUUUUGGCCUGCGGCCUCUUCACAGUAAAGGGAAAUAUGUAUAUCCAGUGCUUGCAGGACUUAUUGGUUUUGAAAAUAGUAUGGUGUUAAUCAGAUCUGUGUUAUCGACUCCUUCCCACUUGGACAUUAAGAUUCGUGUUGCUCAGGGUCUAGCCCGUGAAGGAUGGACUAUUACUAAGUAUUUCCUGACUAUGAUUACUAUUGUAACAGUGUCAUUCUUCCUUUUUAUACCACUGGUUCAGGAGAUUUGUAUAUAUGGUAGUGUGGUACUCUUAUGUGACCUGUACAUGCAAUUGGUGUUUCUCACCUCAGUGCUCUCUAUUGACCUCCACCGCUAUGAGGACUCAGAGGAACAAAAGAAACAGUCUUUAGCGAGUGGUGGACCGUUCUCAGUGAACCCACUUUUUAGAUAUCAACAACUUACUCCAAAUUCCAAUGUGAGGAUUCUAGUCAGCAGUAAUGACCGCAACGUGACCUCUGUGCCAAACCUACACCGUCGGAAUGCACCCCUAGGAUCUGCUGUGAAAUCGAGUGGCCAGGACCGAAUGGCUCACCCUCAGACCAAGCCCAAGAACCAAGACAUGAUGCCCAGACGGCUCAGGGUGACCUACUUUGUGGCCAAGAAGCGGAUGUUUCAGAGAAUGUUUAUGUGUGUGUUUGUAGGAUGGAUAGCAUGGAUGAUAUAUAGCUCAGGCUUGAUGGAACACUUUUCAGAAACAGUGAAUGAUGCGCAGCGGUCACGUGACUUGCCAUCUGUCAUUUUCUCGCUCACAAACCGAUCCAACUAUUUGUUCCAAAAUGGUGUCUCGGUGCCGACUCCAAGAAGCAUAGACGAGACCACAUCUGCAGACUCACCAGAUGUGGUGACACCACCCAGCAUUGCCAUUAACUCCACCACACAGAAGCAGGAUGGACUAAAGCUUCUGAAGCACCGCACACGCUCCCUUCUGCGCAAGCUGCCUCAUAAUCACUGGCCAACUCUCUUCAGUUACUACAACAUCAGCAUCACCGGCCAUUAUUUAAGCAUACUGCCACCCAUACUGUUGUCUCUUCCAAUCUCACCAGAAGAAGCUAUUAGUGUACACAAUCCUAGUGAUCCAAACACUUCACCUUGGCUUCCUGAUAAGCUUCACCAUCCAGAUUCUAUGGACAUAGAUGAUAUAGACUGGCAAGAGGGUUCUGCUUUCAUACCAUCAUCAACAGGAGAAUUACUCUUGACAGCUAUAUUGGUGAUACCAGCAGUGCUCUGCCUCUUGUAUGCCUUUGUAGCUCUUUACCAUUGCAUUUGUUCUCGUAACUAUGCUGAGUGGAGGGCUUCUUGGUGGGGUCAGGAUGGGGUAAAGAGUGAGACAUCACAGAUUAUUGGAGAUGCCCUGCCAUUGGUAUUGGCUGGUCAUCCUCACGAUGUCGAGUGUAUGUGUACAGAUGGAGUUCUGUUGGUGUCAUCAUGUCUUGCAGGGAUUAUUCGUGUGUGGGAUCCCAGCACAGGCGAGUGUGUAGCCAACAUCAAUAGACGAAGUCAGAAAAGACCAGAGUUUCGCAUGGGGUCUCCAGAUUUAGGUGAUGACUUCCAUUCAGAUUAUGAAUCUGGAUCACCCAGAUCGCAGACUGGGGAUGCAAGCUUCUUCAGGAAGUAUGGUAUUGAUCUAGAGAGAAGCAGAUACAGUGUAGGCCUGGUAGAUGAAGAUGAAAGAGAUGACAGUGACUGUGAAAACAUGGAGAGGCCAAACUCAUCUCGAGCCCAGCAUAAGAACAACUCAUCGGGGAGUAUCUUCCAUGAAUUUCCUGACCUCACACCAGCCAUUGACCUCCACUUUCACAGUCACUUGCCAGAAACACAAAAUAAUGGCUCUGAUUUCAGCAGAUUUGAGAAAUUCUAUGAGGAACACAAAAAGAUUUUACAGGAUGAGGAGGAGUACAGACAGAGACAUGGAAGGAAGACCUCUGACUGUGCAGAGAACUCCCCCUCCAGUAGUUUUUCCAAAAGCAAAAUGAUCAGGUCUCCGUCCUACACAGAAUCCUCAGGAGCUUUUAAGCCAAAGAAACACUGUAGAAACUUGAGUGCUGGAAGCAUCCCUGUAGGAAACCUUUCAGGAUACAGUGCCAGUGGAGUGCGGGGAAGUGUUUCGGGAGAGGAGGGGAGUGGGGGUUCUACUGUCGGUGGAAUGGACGAGGAAGUACCCCCUAUUUGGUGCCUUGAGUGUCAGGAUGCUUUAAUAAUUGUUGGCUGUGGUUCAGGGAGAAUAGAGGUGUGGGAUCUCUAUAACAAUGUACUCAAGUGUGUUUAUGAAGAUGGAAUCAGAGCUGGUGUGACCUCCAUGCGUUUGUCAAGCAACCGUUUAAUGGUUGCGAGGCUGACUGGAGCUGUGGACAUGCUGCGUUUAGAAGCAGUUAAUGGCAACCAGCAGCUUUCGGAUAGCCAUCAGCACAGGCCAGGUCAUAGUCGUGGCAGCAGCCGAGACUAUGGAAGUGGCUGGACUUUUGGUUAUGAUGAAGCUCUAGGAUUAGUGCGUUAUGCUGGGAUACGUGCUCACCAGCAACCUAUCACAGUCAUGACAUGUGAUCGCACAAGACUCAUUACAGGUGCACAUGAUCACACUCUUAAGGUUUUUAGUAUGGAUGACGGUAGUGCUUUGUUCACACUACAUGGACACUGUGGUCCCAUCACCUCAGUAUUUGUGGAUGGCAGUUUAGGUGUGCUGGGGAGUGACGGAGAUGUCACAGUGGAUCUCGGCGUAGGAGCUAUCAUUGGCAGCGGGUCACAAGAUGGAAUGCUGUGCGUGUGGGAAGUUGUAACAGGAGCCUGCGUUUAUAGUGUUCAAGCCCAUGAUGGAAUUAUCACAACUCUAACUUGUACUACAAGUUAUAUUCUAUCAUUAGGGGGAGAUGAUAAGCUCUGUGUGUGGGAGAGGUUUCAGGGACAUCUUUUAAAUACUCUACAAAUGACUGAGAUGUAUUGCACUAGCAUGGUUAUGCUUACCAACAGACUUCUCAUCACAAGUCGACAGGGAUCGCUUACUGUAUGGGACAUCACUUCUGGGGUCCCUGUUCGUGUGGUGCGACUGGGAGACCGUGAUGACUCUGUUUUCAUCCGCCACAUGAUGCCUGUUGCUGAUACGAUCGUCUGUGACUAUGGCAACCAGCUGCGGGUGGUGAAGUUACCUGUUGCUGAGAAGAUGGACUGAAAGGGAGCUUAUGAUUUGAAGAAUGGGAUUUAAAGAUAGUCAUCAUUAGAAUUUUUUAAAGAUCCGUAGAUUGUUUUUUUCCCAGUUGUGGGAGACUACUAGUGAAGGAUUGAGGAGUGUGCUUGUUACCAGUGCUUGUAAAUGACGCUGUUUCUUAUAGUCAUAUCACCUUAUGCGUAAGGAUAGUUGUAAAUGAGAGACUCAAACACUCAAGGAGACAGAAAUUGAUGAAAAGGGGUAAAAUAUGUUUAUUAUAUUUAUUUAUUUGGUAGUAUUUAUCCUGUAGAAUUGUGUUUGGUGGACUGAUUGUGCAGUGCUGUGAUGUUUUAAUAUAAAUAAGUGUAUGCUUGAUCAGAGGAGUAAAGCUUUGAAAAGAGAAUCAAACACAAAAACACAUAACUAAAAUGGAGGAAAAUACAGCAAUAAAGCUAAUUAUUUCUUCAGCUUUUACUUUUUUUUAUGUAUUUAUUCAUGUUUCAUGAUGAUAGACAAAAUAGAAAAAUGAAAAAAUACAGCUACUCUUGCCAAAGUAUUUUUGCCAUCUUUAAUUUUUUUCUGUACAAGGGCAUUAGAUAUAUUCACAUUUGUAUCAUAUGUAGAGAAGUAUAUUUUUUUUUUGUAUUAUUUGCUUAAUGAUGAAUGCUUUAUACUUCUCUUGUACAUUUACUUGCUUUUUACAUUUGUAAUUGAUAAGAUAAGGAAAAUAGAUCAAAAUGUUUGCAACUUAUUCCUAAGAUUUCAUUUUCUUCUGUAAAAAUGCCUUUAUUUUCCUAGAAAAGCAUUGUGUAUAUUGUCAAAAAAGUAAUAAAUGAAAAAUUGGUUGAGUAUGAUUAAUAACAAAAUAAGGGUACUUCCUGUAAUAACAGAGAAAAAGUUAGUCAAGUUGGAUUAGCCUCCAUAUUUUCCCAAUGGUAUUAACAAACUACAAACUACAUUUAGAGAAUUUCCUCCCUUUAAAAUAUCAAACUGAUAACGAGAUGGAACAGACAGUGGCCUCAUUCUCAUUUUUCACUGUCCCACUCGCUCUUGCAAUUACACUUUUGCACUCAUACUCACACAUGUGUUUCAUCACACAAAUGGUCACUUUCAUAUGUAAAUGCAUUUCAUACAUAUGUUUUUAAAAAGGAUGAGUUUUAUUUAAGAUUUUGAUGUGUGUAUGACUGUAAAAGUGUUUGUGGUUUUUUUUUUUUUUUUUUUUUUACAAUCCCUACUGUUAUUGCUGUGUAUAAACAAUUAUUGUGUAGGCCUCAGUAAAGUGAGGAUUUUGAAGCUCCAGUAAUUUCAGAUGUUAAUGCCAUUAUGUAUAUAUUUUGAUUAACCAAUGAUAGACUGUAUGCAUUUUAAAUGUUGAGUCUAGUUUAUUGAUCAUCAAAAUAUUUUUAUGGGGGAUAACAAGCAUUACUGAUAUACUCAGUAUGAAAUUACUGUGAAAAAUAUAAAAAUAGUGAAGGAAUCAUACAUUUAUAUUUUAUUGUAUUCUGUCAAGCAUAAAUGUGUAAGCUAUUUUGAUAUUACAGAGGUUUUUAUAUUCCUUUGCCUUGUGGGGAAGGAAUAGUAGACUACAAUGCAAGUUUCUCCUGAUGGCUGUGAACAGAGUUUCUGUGUAAGAUGUUCGUAUUUUUUCAAAACAAAAUUUUUAAAGCACUACUGGAAGGCAGAUGCCAGUCAUAGUUUUUACAAACUGUAUGCAGACCAACUGACUGAUUAUUUAAGGAAGUAAACAAAUGUUAACUGAA